AUGUUGUCUUCAUACAUUUUAGCUCUCGCUGUUGCAGGAAGCGUCCAUGCGGCGACUCCAAAUGCAUUUGAGCCAGCCUCUUCAGGCGAUCUCAUAGUAGCAUUUGGCAGUCAACUGGCCACAAACGGUGUCAAUAUUCCAAGAGCCAACACUGCAAAGGCACCAACAAUAGGCACCUCCCAGAAACUCUUCGGUACAUAUGCCGUGAUCUUGGCGGAUCCUGAUAUUCCCGGCGCACCCACAGACAGCAAAACCGGUCAAUUCCUCCACUGGAUACAAGCAGGUCUUGAAUCAUCCUCCACAUCUACGACCGUCGCUGGACAAACCAUCUUCGAGCUUCAAAACCCCUCGAACGCUUCAGCAUUUGCUCCAUACGUUCAACCAAGUCCUCCAAACCGCGCGUUGACGACCCACCGAUACAUUGAACUCCUCGUCAACACCACGGGCGAUAGCGCGGCGCUAAAGACGUUGAUGACGGCUGGAGCGACCAGAACGAACUUCAGCGCCCUCGCCGUGGUUAACGCAGCUGGUAAAGAGGUCCUGUUUGCGAAUUGGUUCAAUGUGACCAACGAGGAUGCGCUUGCUGCCGCGGGCGGAAGUGUCAAUGCCACGGCGACGGGAAGUGGAAAUGGAACGAGCAGUGGCCUACCGAUCAAUAAUGGAGCAGAUACGUUUGGAAAGAGUGGUGUUAUGAUUGCUGGACUGGUAGCGUUUGCGGCGGCGGUUGCGUCGUUGUAA